UCAUUUGAAUUUACACUGUCCACAUCUGUAUCUGUGAGGUCUUGGCCUUUUGUUUUGGACUUUUUGUAGCAUGUUUGUAUCUUUCUGGUGAAAAAAUGCCCUCUUGACAUGUGUGAAUUAUAGCUAAGAUAGGGAGUGGGGAGUGUGUGUGAGUGCAAAUCUUGAGAGGAAUAGGAUUUGCUGUGGAGAAUAACACGGUUUGAAAGAAAUAACAGAGAUUAAUUUUGCAAAGGGGCAAACAGAAUUUUGUGGGGAUCAGUUAAAACAAACAUAGAAUUCACGCAUUAACACCAUUCCCAGAUCUCAAGGCUCUCAGAAUUUCAGCUUUUUGUUGAGGCGAAGUUGGUGGAUUAUUGGAGCUUUAGGGGGGAACUUGAUGUUGUUUUGAGGAUAGAGGUUGCUCUCAGGUUGGUGAAGAAGAGCAGCCUUUUUGUAUGGUAAUGGUGGAUUUGCUUUAAGUGGUUCUGAUUCUGGGCCACUGUUUGGAUAACUGUAAAGUAACGUGUGGAGGCUGUGAAGUAAUGGGAAAAUGGAUUGUCCUCUGAAGGCAAUGAAAAUUGUCAAGAAGUGGUGGUGGUGAAAUCAAAGGAGUGAGUUCUAUUAUCAGAGUAUGGAAAGAGGGAAGUUUCUGUUCUGGAAAGUGGGAUUGCUGGUUUUGGCAAUGGUGGAGUGUUCUUAUUCAACUCUAUCUCCUUCCGGUGUGAAUUAUGAAGUCGUUGCAUUAAUCGCGAUAAAGAAUGACUUACGUGAUCCUUAUAAUGUCCUGGAGAAUUGGGAUGCUAAUUCUGUGGAUCCUUGUAGUUGGAGAAUGGUUACUUGUUCUCAGGAUGGUUAUGUGUCUGCCCUAGGGCUGCCUAGCCUGAGUUUGUCUGGGACCUUAUCACCAGGAAUAGGGAACCUCACUAACUUGCAGUCUGUGUUGCUGCAGAACAAUGAGAUUAUGGGUGCUAUUCCUCCUGUAAUCGGGAAGUUAGAAAAGCUUCAGACGCUUGAUCUCUCCAACAACAAGCUUACUGGUGAUAUACCCGAUUCUCUGGGGGAUCUGAAAAACUUGAAUUAUCUGCGGCUUAACAACAACAGCCUUACGGGGCCUAUUCCCGACUCUCUCACCAAAGUUGAGAGCCUUACACUCGUGGACCUUUCUUUCAAUAACCUGAGUGGUUCCUUACCAAAAGUUUCUGCUAGAACAUUCAAAAUCAUCGGAAAUCCUCUAAUUUGCGGACAGAAUUCUCAAAACAAUUGUUCUGUUGUCUAUCCGGAGCCGUUGUCCUUCCCACCAGAUGCUGUUAAAGAUCCAUCAGAUUCCGGAGCAAAACAUCAUGUCGCCAUUGCUUUUGGGGCUAGCUUCGGUGGGGCGUUUUCAAUCAUUAUAGUUGUUGGCUUGCUUGUUUGGUGGAGAUACAGGCGCAAUCAGCAGAUUUUCUUUGAUGUUAAUGAGCAAUAUGAUCCGGAGGUCCGGUUAGGUCAUUUGAGAAGGUAUACUUUUAAGGAACUCAGAGCUGCAACUGACCAUUUCAAUGCAAAGAAUAUACUGGGGAAGGGAGGAUUCGGCGUUGUGUAUAAGGGCCGGUUAAACAAUGGGACAGUGGUGGCCGUCAAAAGAUUAAAAGAUUAUAAUGCGGUCGGUGGUGAAAUUCAGUUCCAGACAGAAGUAGAGCUGAUCAGUUUGGCCGUCCACAGAAAUCUUCUCCGGCUUUGGGGCUUCUGCUCGACUGAAAACGAGCGGCUUCUCAUUUAUCCUUACAUGUCAAAUGGCAGCGUUGCAUCAAGACUUAAAGAUCAUAUCCACGGCAGGCCAGUAUUAGACUGGUCGAGGCGGAAAAGUAUAGCACUGGGCACAGCAAGGGGCUUGGUGUAUUUGCACGAGCAAUGCGACCCCAAAAUUAUUCAUCGUGAUGUCAAAGCGGCCAACAUUCUGUUGGAUGAAGACUUUGAGGCUGUGGUCGGGGACUUUGGAUUGGCGAAGCUCUUGGAUCACCGGGAUUCUCAUGUUACCACAGCAGUCCGUGGCACUGUUGGCCACAUUGCUCCCGAAUAUUUAUCAACCGGUCAAUCAUCGGAAAAGACUGAUGUCUUUGGGUUUGGUAUCUUACUUCUUGAGCUAAUUACAGGCCAGAAGGCAGUGGACUUUGGGCGUGGAACGAACCAAAAAGGGGUCAUACUAGACUGGGUAAAGAAGCUCCAUCAAGAGGGGAAACUGAACCUUAUGGUUGAUAAAGACCUAAAGAACGAUUUUGACAGAGUGGAGCUGGAAGAAAUGGUCCAAGUCGCACUUCUUUGUACUCAAUUCAAUCCUUCUCAUCGCCCCAAAAUGUCGGAAGUCUUGAGAAUGCUGGAAGGCGAUGGCUUAGCUGAAAAGUGGGAGCAAUCGCAAAACAUUGAGACCCCAAGGUACCGAUCUUUCGAACACCCUCCUCAAAGAUACUCAGAUUUCAUAGAGGAAUCAUCGCUUGUAGUCGAGGCCAUGGAACUCUCUGGCCCAAGAUAGCAUCCGUUCUUUUUUCUUCUUUCCUUCACGUUCGAUCGAUCGUCUCUAUCGUUGAGUUGUUAAGCUUGAAGAGUAUUUGCAUUGACUGCUGUCUAUAGUUUGUUGAAUCCAUGUAUUUCACCUGUAUAAAGAAAAAGGAAAGUUAUGUAGAAGCAUUCAGUUCUUUGUUCAGAGUAAAUGUAUUUAAAUUGAUUGA